GGCAUCUAGAUGAUGAUGGGUUGCCACAUGGAUUCUGUACAGUCACCUAUUCAUCGACAGACAGAUUUGAGGGAAACUUUGUGCAUGGGGAAAAGAAUGGCCGUGGCAAGUUCUUCUUUUUUGAUGGAAGCACCCUGGAAGGGUACUAUGUUGAUGACGCCCUGCAAGGCCAGGGAAUCUACACUUAUGAGGAUGGAGUGGUCCUUCAUGGCACCUAUGUGGAUGGAGAGCUGAAUGGACCAGCCCAGGAGUAUGACAGUGAUGGGCGGCUGAUAUUCAAAGGGCAGUAUAAAGACAACAUUCGACAUGGAGUUUGUUGGAUUUAUUACCCGGAUGGAGGCAGCCUUGUGGGAGAAGUGAAUGAAGAUGGGGAGAUGACUGGAGAGAAGAUAGCCUAUGUGUACCCUGACGGAAAGACUGCAUAUUCUGGAAGGUUCAUAGAUGGAGAAAUGAUAGAAGCAAAGCUGGCAACUCUGACAUCUGUAGAGGAUGGGAAACCUCAGUUUGAAGUAGUACCAGGCAGCCCAGUGUACAGUUUUGACAAAUCUACUUCAUCCUGCAUUUCUACAAACACACUUCUUCCUGAUCCUUACGAGUCAGAGAGGGUGUAUGUUGAUGUCUCUCUUAUUUCCAGUGCUGGAGAAGGAUUAUUUUCGAAAGUAGCAGCAGAAGCCAGUACAGUUAUGUCCUUUUACAACGGAGUGCGAAUUACACACCAGGAGGUAGACAGCAGAGACUGGGCCCUCAAUGGAAACACAAUAUCCCUGGAUGAUGAAACAGUCAUAGACGUGCCAGAGCCCUACAACCACGCCGCCAAGUACUGUGCCUCACUGGGGCAUAAGGCCAACCAUUCUUUCACUCCUAACUGCAUCUACGACCCGUUUGUUCAUCCCCGUUUUGGGCCUAUCAAGUGUAUCCGUACCAUCAGGGCUGUGGAGAAGGAUGAAGAACUAACAGUGGCUUACGGAUACGAUCACAACCCUGUUGGGCAGAAUGGGCCAGAAGCACCGGAGUGGUACCAGCUGGAACUGAAAGCUUUCCAGGCUGCUCAGCAAAAGUGAGAUGGGAGCUCCUUCUCUGCUCAGCAAACUGAAAUAGAAACUUGGAUCUAUGCACUACCUUUAUACUGAAAACUGGACAACCAGGGAUUGUUCAUGCUGUUGCAUCAUAACUUUGCAUUCUGUGUUAAGAGAUAAGUUUCUUGCAUACUAACUAGGUUUGACUGUGUUACUCAUAGCAGAUUUAAAAUUAGCUAGCGUUGCACCAGUCUUAUCUGGAGAAAUUAUUUAAUAUUCUGUACGAGACGUGAUAUUCUUUGGUAGCUUCUGCUUUUGCACCAUAUGCAAAGAUGCCAAAAGACUAGACAGAAAACUAAAAUGGGUAUAUCGUUCACUUUUAGUCGGCAGACUUAGUGUUGCUCUCUAUCUGCCUAGGCAUUAUUGUGCAACUGCAUUUUGCAUAUAUGCCACUUGUGAUGAUAACAGUAAUAUUUUGAUAUUCUCUAAUAGUAGCAUAAUUUUGCCUUUUUAAACCUUUGAUCUGAAUCUUGCAAUAGAGCAGUUUAUUUAUUAGCAUAUAGGAGGCUGGGUUUUAACUCCCCUUUCCUCUUGUCUGAACAUUAUUCUUUCUACAAAUCCUCUUUUGCAGGAGAAAAUCCUUUCUAACUAGUGGAAAGGCUUGUGUGUGUAUGUGAGAGUGCUGUGUGUUGGUCUCUGUGGCUCUCUAAAUAGUAUAGCAAUGUGUCCAAACCUAAUAUUUAUCUAGCCUUUAUGGCUGGCUUAUUUUAUUUAAUUUAUGAUUAUGACACGCAAAUGAAGCUGUUCUUUGCAUGAAGAUUCUCUGAAAGGAGAAAAUGGAUUCACUUUUUGAAGGACUUUUAGAAGUUCAUGUUCUGGAAGGCAACCAUGUUACUUGCCUUAGUGUCCAUGAGUUGG